CGUCAGUAAGUUUGGGCGAUGGAAAAGCUCCUUAGGGACUCAUCUGUGAGUUUCGGCUAUGGAUUUCUCCUUACUGGCUGUUCUAGAUCUGUAGUAUACGCUCCAGCUGCGCAGAACUGUUCCCGCGCCCAUCAGGAAUAGUGAGGGAUUCCUCUUCUGUGAGUUUCGGCUACGGAGGCCUCCUGCCGCGCAGAACUGCCUUCACUGGAGCCAGGAAUAAUGAGGUGAAUCGAAGGAAACAAGAUACAUGUAUGGAUUUCUGGGCUCACUGCGAACUCGGAAGUGCGAACUCAGAAGUGCGAACUCGGAAGUGCGAACUCAGAACUGCGAACUCGGGAGUGCGAACUCAGAACUGCGAACUGGGAAGUGCAAACUCAGACCUGUGAACUCGGAGGUGCGAACUCAGAACUGCGAACUCGGAAAUGCGAACUCAGAACUGCGAACUUGGAAGUGUGAACUCAGAAAGAGGGCUCAGUGCGAACUUGGAAGUGCGAACUCGGAAGUGUGAACCUCUGCGAGUACACGAUACAAGUCAUGAUUGCAUGUUUUUUUCUGCAGCAGCCCAUCAAGCAGAAUGGGAUCCAGGAGGGCUCAGUGCAAACUCAGAAGGCAUAUCAGUGCGAACUCGGAAGUGUGAACCUCUGCGCGUACACGAUACAAAGUCAUAAUUGCAUAGUUUUUGUCUGCAGCAAAAUGACCUGAUCACAGUCCUGUGUGCAGUAAUAAUGCCAGUUUGUGCAGAACCAAAGAGAAAGAUUGCUCCACAAAAAAAAAAAGAAAAAAAGAAAAAAGAAAAGAGGAGUUGGUCCUAAUGCCGGGCUUGGACAUGGAGUGCAUAUUAGAACAGCGACGACAAUGAUAAACUUGACGAUGGGAAUUCCUUUCUCAAGACGAGCAACCAGACAGAAUGAGAGACAGACAAACAGACAGACAACCGGACGGAUAGACAGACUGACUGAUGGACUCACAAAGACACAGAUAACAGACAGACAAGCAGACAGACAGGCAAACAGACAGGAAGACAGACAGAAACAGAACGACAAACAGACAGAUAACAGUGGCAUGAGAAAAGGGUCACAAGGCACGUGCUCAUCAUGUGCUCAUCAUGGCCGAUGAUGAGAGGAAGAGACACAGUUAGGGGGCUAAGGAGAGUUUGGGACAGGACGGCUCGCUUGGAUGGUUGCAACUUGAAAGCCAACUAAUGGUAAAGAGAUUACAUGAUGAUGCUGGUACCUGUGAGCGAAUUUGGAGUCAUUUUAUUGGGAACAUUCGUCAUCAGGAACACCCUUCACACAGAGGCACAGGCAGAGAGAGAGAGAGAGAGCAUGCAGGACAGAGGACUGUAAUAUUGGAGCCUGACUGAAUUCGGUGGUCUGUACCUCUGAGCCUCUUGUUUCUGAUGCACUUUGUUGCCUGCCCUCGCAUACGAACCUUGCCUUCAGGGGAUAAAGCCUACUGGGCGCCGCCAGCCAUUUUGGCCCGGUAGGCCGAGCCUUUUUGCAGCCCCAUGUUAACCGGCAGGGGUGCACGGUGUAGCGGGGCACAGUAUUGGUGCUUUAAGAGUGCAAUUUGUCGUCAGCAAUCAAUACAGGAAAUUGGACUACUUGUGAACUGGCUAGUCUUGAAGUCUGCGAAAAUACUCCAAGUGAGGAGAUUUGCACGUCAAAUUUUGGGAUUGUUAGUCGAGGACACAAAUUGAGUCAAUUCUACGUUUUUUUUUUAAUCCUAAGUUACCCUGAGAUGUUUCAGUUCGCCAGCCUGAGAUUCUCUGUUAUCUGGCUGUGGACUUGCCAGCAGUAUAUGGGGGGUUUAGUUACCCCAUUGGUGAACCUCCAGGGGGUGUUAGUUACCCCACUGAAGAACCUCCAGGGGGUUUAGUUACCUCAUUGGUGAACCUCCAGGGGUUUAGUUACCCCAUUGGUGAACCUCCAGCGGGUUUAGUACCCCAUUGGUGAACCUCCAGGGGGGUUAGUUACCCCACCUCUAGGGGGUUUAGUUACCCGAUUGGUGAACCUCCAGGGGGUUUGAUUACCCCAUUGGUGAACCUCCAGGGUUUUUAGUUACCCCAUUGGUGAACCUCCAGCGGCUUCAGUUACCCCGUUAGUGAGCCUCCAGAUGUCAGUUGUUUUCAACUCCUCCCGAAAACAUUCUGUUGCCUCCUACGGCCUUCUUUUUCUUUACCAUGUAAGCAGCUUCCCUACAAAUUGAUACGAAGUUUUCAUGCGGAUAAUGGAUGUAGAUGCCUUUUAUGGCUAAGUGCAUGCAGAUUUUGUGGAAUGGCAACAACCACAAUGACAGCAAUGUCAUAUCGGGGACAGCAAUCAAGGCAAUGUUACUCAGUGGUCUGUGAAUUUCUUCAUAAUACUCCAAGAUAAAGUGAAAAUGAUUCUGGAGCUUUUAAGGAUGGUUGGGUGGUGUAGUGAAUGAAUGACUAUGAGUUUCAGCGAACAUAGUCAUGAAGUCCAUGUUGAAUGGCUUCUUCUUCUUCUUCGUCGUCUUCUUCUCCUUCGUCGUCUUCUUCUUCUUCUUCUUUUGUAAAAGGGGCAGCUGCUAACAUUGUUGUAUCCACCUCAUGUGCAAACGGAUUUGAAUUCAUGGUCAGUUCACCAACAGUCACAUGUGUAGUACCAUUUACUCGCAUAUUGUAAAUGUGUUGCACAUGGUUAUUCUGUACUGAGGACAUGAGACUGACAGUCUGACAUAGUCUGACAGAGUAUGACAGAGCGACAGCUUUAGCUUACAGGCUUACACAGUGACUCUAUGUUUAGGAAAUGAAAACGGAGUUUGGCAUACCAACUC